AUGUCCGAUAAAUUACGAGAAUUUGUUGAAAUUCCCCAACAAUUCGUUCAAGAUGGCAACCAGUUCCUAACCCGUUGCACAAAACCUUCACAGAAAGAGUUCGUACAAAUAUGUAAAGCAGUCGCGGUGGGAUUCGCUGUUAUGGGGUUCAUUGGCUACUUUGUGAAGCUCAUUCAUAUACCGAUCAAUAACAUCCUUGUGUAUGUCUCCUUUACUGUGUACAAUUGUUGUUUGACUAACUUUCGAAUAUUUCGGUUUCUCCUCUCUGCAAAUACAAACAAGCGGGUGCAUGUUCCUUUGCUCCUCCAUCUCGUCCGCGAACGUCAAACCGUUUCUUCGCCUGAUACUGUCCCUCUCUCCACUGCCGAUGACGGUGCACUACUAAAUCUCGUCCUAGACCCGCUAGCAGACGCUAUUUCGAGAAUCCCAACGGGUGGUAAUCGAGCCAAAUUUGAUUCUGAAAUGGCCAUCUCUGUUAUCUGA